CACCAUACAAAACUCAACGUUAUCCCAACCUUUCCUCACAUUUACACCAUGAAACGCCUUCUCAUUGUUUACUUUUCAUUACUCGGCAGUUUGGUCCUUGCCACCAAGAAGAACCUCAUCAUCGAUACAGACCUCUUCAGCGACGUUGACGAUGCCGGCGCCCUUCUCCUCGCAGCCACCUCCCCGGACGUGAACCUCCUCGCCGUGAACGUCAAUCACCCCUCCUCAUAUUCCGCUCUCGCUGCAUCGGCCAUCCUAGCCCACUAUGGCAAAGGUGACGUUCCAAUCGGCGUCACGCGGCCCCUGACCGACGACACCUUCCUCGACACCUGGUACUUUAGGCUAGGCGAGUACGCCAGCAAGGUAGCCUAUCAGUUUCGCGGGGGAAAGCUUCGCUGGGGCCACGCCGAGGAGGAUGCCUGGGGCCCGGUAGAGCUCUACCGCAAGGUCCUAUCCGAGGCAGCCGACCACAGCGUCACCAUCGUCUCGAUCGGAUUCCUAGACAACCUAUCCGCCCUCCUCAACUCCACCGGUGACGCCCACUCCCCCCUCCCAGGGCGCGCCCUCCUCUCCCGCAAAGUCACCGAACUCGUCGUCAUGGGCGGCGCCUACCCCUCCGGAAAGCGCAGCUGGAACUUCUGGGGCUCACCUUUAUCCGGCCCCGGCGCCGCCGCGCACGUCAUCAACAGCUGGGGCGCCAACACCAACACCAGCGACGGCGACGGCACCAACACCACCACCACCACCACCACCGCCGCCGCCGCCACCACCACCACCUCCACCACCGCCAAUACCACCGUGCCGCAGCUGACCUUCCUCGGCAACGACGUCGGCGUCUACUCCCUCGCCGGGGAGCGGCUCGCUGCCGAGGGCCCCGCCCUUGACCCGGUGGGGAUGGCGUACGGGUGGUAUGGGUAUGAGAGGCGGGCGCGGCCGGCGUGGGAUCCGUUGGCGGUUUUGUAUGCGGUGCGCGGGCUGGAGGGGCAAGGGAAGACGGGGCUGUUUCGGGUGGGCGAUGUGUGUGAGGUGGGGUGCGGGUUUAAUGUGGUGGACUGGGAGGAUGGGGGGAAUAGGUGGGUUUGUGGCGGGGUUGUGGAUGGGGGUGGGAGGGAGGGUUCGAGGCAGGAGUGUGUGGGGAGGAAUCAGAGGUUUUUGAGGCUCGGGGUGACGGAUGAGGAGGCGGCGGCGGAGGUGGAUCGGUUGUUUUUGGAGGGCGCGUGGGCGGCGGCGAGGGGGAAGUUGCGCGUCCCGGGUUUGGUACCCUCCACCCCUGGGACUCCGGUAGGCCCUGUUACUACGAUGUGUUAUAUCCAGUGAGCGUCAUGG